AAUGAGAGUGGGAAUAAUACUUUUGUCGUGUCUCGGGCUGGUACAGGGAUAUAAUAUCCUGUGCAUCCAGGGUCUACCAUCCCGAAGCCAUUACAAUUUAAUGUUUGGAAUUGUUAAACCGCUACUGCAAGCCGGUCAUGAGAUCACAUUGGUAACAGUUUAUCCAGAAACAAAACCAGUGAAGAAUUUAACCAUCAUCGACGUCAGUCAUUUACAGGAGACUAUUGAAGGAAUAAACGUAUUGGACAAAAGUACGAUGGGUAUGAGUUUGAUAAAGGAAUUUGCUCGGAACGUGUCAAACACGGUGAUUUCGUCGCCCGCAGUCAGGGACGUCCUCACCAUCAAACAGUUUGAUGCUGUCAUCAAUGAGUGGUUUAUCACAGACGCCGAUGCUGGAUACGCUGCAGUACAGCAAGCUCCAUGGAUCUUGCUCCUGGGCACGACCUUGUCUCCGUAUAUGGAGCACCUGGUGGACUCUGUCAAAUCUAUACCGACAAUACCUUUGAUGCUAAACGAGGCCGAUAUUCCGAUGAGCUUGUGGCAGCGCAUCAAAAACACGAUAAUGUUUUUUGCAUUCAUAAUAAACGAGUUGUUAGUAGAAAUGUCAAUAACUGAGAACGACUACAGAAAGAAUUUUGGUCCUAUAGCCGAGGCUAGGCAGAUUACCCUGCCCCCGCUGCAAGAAGUGAAGCAUAACAUAUCUGUGCUGUUCGUAAAUUCACAUCCAUCGCUUGCUCCUGCUCAGAGCGUACCGCCAAACGUUAUAGAUAUCGCGGGAUACCACAUAGACGACGCGCCUCCCUUGCCAAAGGAUCUUCAAGAAUUAUUGGACUCGUCGAAACAAGGAUAUAUUUAUUUCAGUAUGGGAUCAGUUGUUCAGGCAAAAUAUUUCCCAGAAAGCACCAAAAAAGCUUUAACAAAGAUAUUUGAACAGCUACCAUACACUGUGCUGUGGAAAGAUGGACCAACUGAAAAGUUACCGAAGAACAUUUACGUUAAACAUUGGAUGCCACAAACAAGUAUUCUUGCUCACCCAAAUAUUAAGCUGUUCAUCACCCACGGUGGUCUUCUAAGUAUAAUAGAAUCAUUGCAGUAUGGAGUGCCAAUAUUGGCAGUGCCAGUCUAUGGGGAUCAGCCAAGUAAUGCAAAUCGGGCAGCAAAAGAUGGCUAUGGUUUGAGGGUCGACUUUUCGGAAGACAUGGCAGAUAAGCUCGAUAUUGCUAUUAGAGAAAUUAUGUCCAAUGCAAGUUAUUACAAGCGAGCGAAAGAAGUGUCUUAUUUAUUUAUGAGCCGUCCAGUAACAUCUUCCCAGCUAAUAAAGCACUACGUAGAAUUAGCCAUACGAAGCAAAGGUGCACAACACCUGCGUUCGAAAAGUCAGCUCUACAGUUGGUACGAAAUACUGAUGCUGGACCAACUGGUCUUAUUUCUCCUCUUCUUCUUGAUCGUCUUCAGCGGUGUGAAGAAAGUAUGGAUGUCAUUAAAGCAAAGUGAAAAAAUAAAAAAUGACUAAAAA